GGAGUCACAGAAAUGGAGACUGUGCUGAAGAAAGUCAACUCAAACUCCAAGUGCUUGCUUGAAUAUAGAAGCAUGCAUUAUUAUGAGAAUCGCUUGAGCAGCUUUGCAUGCUGGCCUUUUAAAGAGAACUGCAAGUGUACUCCUGAAAGUAUGGCCAGGGCUGGCUUGAUCCACUGUCCAGGAGCAAAUGAACCUGACCUGGCAAAGUGUUUCUUCUGCUUAAUAGAGUUGGAGGGCUGGGAGCCAGAUCACGAUCCCUGGCUGGAGCACUCCAAGCGUUCCGGAGACUCUUGUGGGUUUUUGUCCCUUUCUAAGAGUUUUGACGACCUGACAGUUGAAGAAUACUAUGAACUAGAGAUGGAGCGGGUCAGGAUCUUUCUUAGCAAAACCGGGCAAAGUGUAAUAAAUGCCUAUGAGAAAGAAGUGGCAGCAACCAGGCAGCGUCUCGUGGACCAUUUUGUCCACAAAUACCAGUAUGCCCCAGAACCUGACCCAGCCACUCCUGCUGCAACAGAGAACGACAUGCCAACCACCACGUAGAAAGAAAAUGGGCCACCAUGAAGACAAGGGGAGGUUGUUGUAUUGAGUGUGAUGCAAGUAGUGUAGUGCAUACCUGGGAGAGGCUUUCAGGUGGACAAUAUGGCAUGGGGGGGUCACAGGGGAUCUGUCAGUACCGCAUCUUGUGUAAUGCUGUUCUGUAUGAAACCAAUAACCAAAAGCUGAAGUAUUUUUUUCGACUUAUGGAAGGCAUAAGGAGGGCAUUGUUAAAUAAAGACUUUUGCAU